AUGGAUUUUGCGUCUAUCGAAGCAGCCACUUAUGGUGAUGUGGAAAAUGAUGAGGAGUUAAUGGCCGAAUUACUUGCUCUUGAGGCUGAUGAGAAGGCUAAGGCUAAUAAAGCUCGAGCUCAUGCAGCUUCUAAAGCUCCUAAAACGCCGAAGACGGUCACCAACUCAAAACAAUUCACAGCACCUGCUGCAUCUGAAGCGGAAAGAAUCCGUAGUUCUGUUUACUGGCAACGGGAAAUUGUUAAAGGUUUUGCAGACGUUGCGAUGAAACAUGCCCCAUCGAAGGGCGCAGGUCAGCUUACACCAGAGUUGCUUUCGCAGGCACUGAAGGACAUUCCGGAUGAUGAACUUUUAGCUGACGAUGAUGAAGAAAUUGAUGAUGCUGAAUUAUUGGAUGAAUUAUCGAAUUUGGUUGCUAGUGAAAAAAAGGAUGGGAAGACUUCUUCACCAACCAAAAAGCAUGUCAAAGAACAACAACAGCCGGUUGGUGCAGUUGACACCGCGAUGCUAAAACGAUUGCAACAACUUAAUACCGACUAUUCAGCUGUGCUCAAAACGGCGAAUGCGGAAGGAAGUUCUGUGAAAGCCAGAAGGCAAGCAGAAUACCAACGAGCCAUCAAUAAAAUUCAAGAAUUGUUGAAAAAAGUUGAGGCUGGGAAACCGAUCGAUGAAGCGGAAAUUCCGGUUGCCAUCCCGGCCAGUGCACCGCCAGUUCAGCCCAAGCCCACGACACUUCCACCGCUUGUUGCACCGCGAAAGCCUUCACCUCCGGUAAGUAUUGUGGUUACUUUUAUGGUCAUUUUUCAUUUCUUAGUCUUACCCUUCUGA